AUGCUGGUCGCAGAUGUGGACAGAGAUGUGGCGUUCCAGCUCAAGCUGACGAGCAAGCUGGACCAAUGGCACGCUUUUCACGAGAGAGCGACAAGAAGGCUUUCUGGUUCCGCGGACGGCGCUGGGCCUUCAACCAACCAAACCGCCGAGGUACAACCGCUGGAGGCUGACCAAUCCGAUGGUUCCACGUGUCCAUCUGAGCAAUCUGGUGAUGAGGCCGAAAUUCGGGCAGCAGAAGCUGAGGCUCGGGCAGCAGAGGGUGUAGCGCAGGCAGCAGAGGGUGAAGCGCGGGCAGCAUCAGGUGAAGCACGGGCGGCAAAAGGUGUUGCGCUGGCAGGAGCAGCAGCACUUGAAGCGCGAGAGGCCAAAGCAGCAGAAUCUGAGAAUGCAGCAGUCGCACCAAAACAGCUGGAAGCAGCAGCAGAUGCUCGAGGGGCUGCUUUGGAGGCAGCACUGCAGGUGCAACGAGAGGAGCUAGAGGCUAAGGCAGCAGUGAUACAGGAGCUGCAGGUGAGAUUACACGCAGCAGCAACAAGAGAGGCGGGUUUGGAAGCUUCUCUGAAGCUGCAACGGGAGGAGCUCGAGGCGAAAACAGCAGAGGCGUUGGCAGCACGAGCAGCAGAAGUGGCAGAGCUGCAGCAGCAGUUAGACGUGGCAGUCGCCCGCGAGGCGGCUUUUGACGCGUCCCUGAAGCUGCAGCGCGAGGAAUUAGACGCAAAGGCAGCAGAGGUGCAGGGCCUGCAGGAACAACUACAAGAAGCGGGUGUUAGAGAAGCGGCUUUUGAUGCUUCUCUGAAGCUGCAACGAGAGGAGCUAGAGGCAAAGGCAGCAGAGGCGUUGGCGGCACAGGCUGGGAUGGAGGAGAGGAGGCGGGUGCGGGCUGCAGAAGAGGCUGCUGCUCGGUUGGCGGAGGUGGAGGUGCGGUUUGGAGAGGUGGAGAGGGAGAGAGAGCGGUUGGCGAGGAAUCUGAGUCGGCUGCAGCAACACCUGCUGGAUAGGGAUGCUGACGAUGCACUGCGUUUGGAGCGGGAGGCUGAGAGGAUAUGCCAGCUGGAGUGCCAGCUGGCGGAUAAGGCGAAAGCUCUCGGCCAAUCAGAGUGCGAGAGGGUUGUUCUGGAGCGACAGCUGGCGGAUAAGGCGAGCCAGCUCGGCCAAUCAGAGCGGCGGAGAGUGCGGCUGGAGCAGCAGCUGGAGGAGAGGAGCAGGGAGGUUCGGGAGGCUCGGAUGCAGCUGGCUCGGCUGCAGGCGCAGGCUUGGGCCGAGCCUGCUGGACAGGCGAGGCAGAUCGAUUUGUGUGAUAGGGGGCUAUCACAAGUAGAAGGAGAGGGUGGGGUUGUAAGGGCAGAGGAAGCAGAGGAAGCGAGGGGAGCGGGAGAGGAGAAGCAGGAGAGACAAGGCAUGAGCCAGAAAGAAGUGUUACCGAGCGUGGCACCAGGCUUGGCAACAGGCUUGGGAACAGGCUCGGCAGCAGCAGGCACGUUACCAGGCGUGUUACCAGAUGUGUUACGGCAGGUGUUAGAAGCGGCUCAUCGACCAAUCGCGACAGGCCAUCCCAUGUGCAUGCAUGCUGGGAUGCUGGCGAGCGUGCCACCCAUGGAGGAUGGAGAUGCAUCACGUGCUGCUGACGUGGCAUCCCAUCAUGCAUCGCAUGCUGACGUGGCAUCCGAUCAUGCAUCAGGGGCAGGGACAGGGGCAGCAGCACCAGUUGCAGGUGCUCGUGCUGCUGAUGGGUCAGCAUUUGCAGCACCAUCAGCUUCAAAUGCGCCAGAUGCUGCAGCAGCAUCGUGUGUUGGUGCAUGGGCUGCAGCUGCUUCACACGCUGCAGCAACACCAGCUUUUGAGGAGGCGCGUCAAAACUCGGCGCAGGUGUUGGCUCGAGAGGCGAUGUGCGCAGCAGCACAGUCGUCGCUGGAGGCAGAGGGUGCGACUGGAGCAGGAGAUGCAGCAGGAUCAGUGUUUGAACAGCUUCUUGAAACUCGUCUCUCCAGGGGAGAACAGCAAUGCGAGAGGACAGGGAGGCUGGGACCUGGUGUGGCUGAAGCAGGGAGGGAGUGUGAGAUGGCAGCUCUGGUGGAGGAGAAUGGGAGGCUGGAGGCGGAACGGAAUCGGGCGGAGGAGGAGAGGGUGAGAGAGGAGGAGAAAUGUGCGAGGAUGGGUGAGGAGAUGCGUGAGCUGCGAGGCAAUCUGCAGGAAGCGGAGGCGUUAUGCUGGCAGAGGCAGGCUCAACUGGAGGAGGCGUUAUCUGAGGUGGCAGCGGGGAGGAGGGAGAGGGGGGCACUAGAAGAGGAGCUGCUGCGGCUGCAGUGUGCUCUGGAUCAGUGUAUGCUGCGACUCAAUAGCGAUUCUGCUUAUAUGGUGGACAGGAGAAUCGUGGUGAAGCUGCUGGUGGCAUAUUUUCAACGCAACCGCAGCAGAGAGGUGAGCAUGUGGGUGUGGGAAUGGAUGGGCAUGGGCAUGUGCACGUGUGCAGGCACGUGUGUUGCCGUUAUGUGCUCCCAUGGCAACUGCUCGGAUGAAGCAAAUCGUGGUGAAGCUGCUGAUGGCAUAUUUUCAACGCAACCGCAGCAGAGAGGUGCGCACGUGGGUGUGGGCAGGGACAUGUGUGCACUGUGCAGGCUGUUAUGUGCUCUGUAA